CGGUGAAAUCAAUUAUUCUGUUAAAGCCUCACGGUUAUAAUAAUGCUCAUCACAUUAUCUGUCAUUUUCUCAAUUUUCUCUGAGUGGGGGUGGGGACUUGGCGAGCUGAAGCCCUGGCAGAUGAUGGAGUGAGUCACGAUAAUAGCAGGCGGGAUUGUGCAGGAAUGGCUCUCCUGCAUUAAUUCACCGCGGAAGAUCUUUCCUAUCAGCUCCGUCUCCGGAAGCCCGGGGCCCGUAGUUUGUCUCCAUCUCCUGCUUCCUCCGCUCAUAUUUAUGCAUUAGGCGUUUCUGCAGUGAGCCGCUGGACGUUGAUGUUUUUAAGGAGGUGUCCCCACUCCUCCUUCUCCCUCUCUCUCUUUCUCUCUCUCGCUGUCUCUCUUUCUCUCUCUUUCUCUCCCUUCGCUCCGUGCCGCCGUCGAUCCGCGGGGGUCUCGGUGCGCUCAGACGCGCUCUGCGUUCAGACUCGUAAGCGACCCCACCGAUGGCCCACCACAAGCGGGACUGCUCCGACCAGACGAUCCGCUCCGGCUGCAGCAGCCUCCCCUAGCGAAGGCAGAGCUGCGAGAGGCUCCUGUUUUGGAAUACCGCAUUGUUUUUAAUUCCCUACCAGCGAGAGGAAGGUGAUGAUGCUGAGGAUGCCAUGGUGGAUUUCCCUUUUGUGCGUCUGUGGAUUGAUGCACGUCGGUCACCAGAGCAGCCUUGAUGCCUCCAAUGGAGACGCCUUGUCGAGCCUGGAAGCUCUUCGCGAUGCGGGCAGGUUCGUGGGGAAGGAGAACACGGUGCCUCUCCGGCUUGUGUACAGCAGCCAAAACCACAGCCAGAUUACCCACGAUGAGCUGAGCACCAGGGUGAAGGCCAGCCCCGACUCCACGCAGAUGGAGCACGUUAUCCAAGCAACUUUUCAAGUUGACGCUUUUGGAAAAACAUUCAUUCUGGAUGUGGAGCUGAAUCAUGAUCUCCUGUCUUCGGGAUAUCAGGAGAGGCAUUUAUCAGAGAAUGGGAAGAUCGUCGUCACCAAAGGAGGAGAGCACUGCUACUACCAGGGGAGGGUCAGAGACGCGCCUCGCUCCUUCGCGGCGCUCUCCACCUGCCACGGACUGCAUGGGAUGUUUUUCGAUGGCAAUCACACCUACAUGAUUGAACCUGGAGGACAGGCCAGCAACAGCGGCGAUCUUCAAGUUCACCUCAUAUACAAAUCUGCUGGACAGGAGGAGCUGAGUGAUUUCUUUGGUGGGGAUUUACCAGAGCCACCUUUCCCCAGUCCGCCUUUUCCUGAGUCAAAAGUCGUGCACUGGAGAAAAAAGAGACAGGCUCCGCGUUUGUCACGCAGUGUAGAAGAUGAGACCAAAUACAUAGAGCUUAUGGUCAUCAAUGAUCAUGUCAUGUAUAAGAAGCAUCGUCUUUCCGUUGGGCACACGAACAACAACGCUAAGACAGUGGUCAAUAUAGCUGACAUGAUUUUCAGGGAACAGCUCAACACCCAAAUUGUGCUCGUCGCUAUGGAAACCUGGUCGGUGGACAACAAGUUCAACAUCGAUGACGACCCCAUGGUGACGCUGAAGGAGUUCAUGAAGUACAGGAAGGACUUCAUCAAGGAGAAGUGUGACUCUGUUCACCUCUUUUCAGGGAAUCAGUUUCAUAGCAACCGGGGGGCGGUCUCCUAUACGGGAGGAGUUUGUUCUCUCACCAAAGGAGGGGGAGUCAAUGAGUAUGGUAAAACAAAUGAGAUGGCCAUCACCCUGGCUCAGUCUUUGGGUCAGAACAUCGGCAUUUUCUCUGACAAGAAGAGGAUCCUCAACGGUGAAUGUAAGUGUGAUGAUCGAUGGGCAGGCUGCAUCAUGGAUGACGUUGGUUUCUAUUUACCUAAGAAGUUUACUGAUUGCAACGUGGAAGAGUACCACAACUUUCUGAACAGUGGGGGAGGAGCCUGCCUCUUUAAUAAACCUCGAAAGCUGCUGGACCCGCCAGAGUGUGGUAACGGCAUUUUGGAGGCAGGAGAAGAGUGUGACUGUGGCAGCACUGAGGAAUGUGCCAAAGAGGGCGAGAACUGCUGUAAGAACUGCACUCUGACCAAAGGGUCCAACUGUAGCAACGGACUGUGCUGCAGAAACUGCCAGAUGGAGGUCGUGGGAGUUUUGUGUCGAGACGCGGUGAACGACUGCGACAUACCAGAAAAAUGCACAGGCAACUCCAGCCAGUGUCCACCAAAUGUGCACAAGAUGGACGGAUACACAUGUGAAAAAGAUCAAGGUCGCUGCUUCAAUGGAAGGUGCAAAACAAAAGACAGACAGUGCAAGUACAUUUGGGGAGAAAAGGCGACAGCAGCUGACAAGUUCUGCUAUGAAAAGCUCAACAUUGAGGGGACAGAAAAAGGAAACUGUGGGAAGGAAAAGGACACCUGGAUCCAGUGUAACAAACAGGAUGUUCACUGCGGCUACCUGCUGUGCUCAAACAUCUCCCCUGCCCCGCGGCUGGGCGACCUGCAGGGAGGACUCACCUCUUUCUCAGUCGCCCAGCACGGUGCCCCCCUGGACUGCAGCGGUGCGCAUGUGCUGAUUGACGGAGACACGGACCUGGGGUACGUCGAGGACGGGACGGCCUGCGGAACGGACAGCAUCUGCUUGGAUCACAAGUGUCUGCCGAUUGAACAGUUCAACUUCAGCACCUGUCCCGGCACCACCGACAAGACCAUCUGCUCCGGACACGGAGUGUGCAGUAAUGAGCUGAGGUGUGUGUGCGAGCUGGGCUGGACAGGAGACGACUGCUACUCCAGGUCUCCGUUCAGUAACCUUGUGGUGGGACCGACCGCUCCUGUUUCAGGUAUCACCAGCACCAACAUCAUCAUCGGGGCCAUCACUGGCUCCAUCCUCUUCCUCGCUCUCAUACUGGCAGUCACAGCCUGGUGCUACAAGAGCUACAAAAAGAGGCGAUACGCUGAAUCUGAGGUUCACAGGAGAUUCUGCCGACAAAUCCCCCCCGGUGACUAUGUCACCAAACCCGGGGAUGCAGAUUCAUUUUACAGCGACAUGCCUCCGGGCGUCAGCACCAACUCCGGAUGCAGCUCCAAGAAGAGGUCAGCCUGCCUGUCCCACCUGCAGAUUUGCACGCUGUCCUUCACUCCAUCCUUCCCAUCCAUUUCUCAGAACUUCUCAGUGUUUGGCUUCAGAUCUAACGGCCUGUCCCACUCGUGGAGCGAGAGGAUUCCAGAUGCCAAACACAUCACCGACAUCUGUGAAAACGGGAGACCGCGGAGCAAUUCGUGGCAAGGAAACCUCAGUGGUAAUCGGAAGAAGCUGAAAGGGAAGAAGUUCAGGGCUCGCUCCAACUCCACAGAGUAUUUAACCCCUCGCAACAAAUCAGAGUUUUAUGAUGUAACUAAAUGGGUAGAAGAUGUGAAUAAAAACACUCAAGGACCUUUCCUUAGGACACUUUCCCCUGCCAAGUCCCCGACUUCUUCUACAGGAUCCAUUGCAUCCAGCAGAAGAUACCCAUAUCCCAUGCCUCCACUGCCGGAUGACCAGAGGAAAGCCAACAGGCAGAGCGCCAGGCUUUGGGAAACAUCAAUAUAACUCUGACUCUGACGAAAGCUCCUAAGAAAGUACACAAGUCUCCUUUUCUACACAGAAAACCAAAAAAAAAAGAAAAAACAUAUAAAAUUGACUCUAAAGCGAAAGAGA